AGAGACACGAGGAGAGACGCGGGGAGAGACACGAGGAGACGCGGGGAGAGACACGAAGAGACGCGGAGAGAGACACGACAAUAUACACGAGGAUCAGAAGCUGCGGUUCGUGUGUCGCCACGGUCAAGCGACACCGGUCCUGCUCUACUUGAGAGCAGAGCCACGUGAGCGCUUCCCUCACGUCACGUGCCAUGGCCUGGAGGCUCCUUGCGCCGCUCCUCGUGUUGCUCUCGAGCACGUGCUGCACAGCAACACUGAAUCGGCCAAUCAUGGAGGCGUGCGCCAGUCACGUGAUCCUUCCCGGCGCGAAAGGUGAGGUCGGUGUGCAGGGAGACCAUGGUGAGCCUGGAAGACCUGGAAAGCUGGGCCCACCUGGAGAGAAAGGCCUUCCAGGAGAUAAGGGAUGCAAGGGGGAUCAGGGACGGUCAGGCAAGAUUGGGCCCAUAGGAACCAAAGGUGAGAGGGGCAGCAAGGGUGACAAUGGACCCCCCGGGCCUAAAGGGCAGCAAGGCUUACCGUGUAACUGCAGCCGCAUGCGUGUUCUCAUCGGAGAGAUGGACAUUGUGGUGGCUCGCCUACGCGAGGAGGUCUCCUUCCUCAAGACCGCAGUGGCGGGCGUGCGCGAGACGGAGCGCAAGAUGUACCUGCUGGUGCGUGAGGAGCGCGCGUAUUCCGAGGCGGCGCUGCACUGCCGCUCGAGGGGCGGCCUCCUCGCCAUGCCGCGGGACGAGACCACUAAUGCGCUCCUCGCGGCCUACGUCAGCCACGCCGGCCUGGCACGUGUCUUCAUCGGCCUGCACGACGGACUGCGGGAAGGGGCCUUCACCUACGAGGACGGCGCGUCGCUGGGGCCCACGGCCUUCACCCGCUGGCGGCCCGGCGAGCCCAACAACGCGUUCGGUGGAGAGGACUGCGUGGAGAUGGAGAGCGGCGGAGGUUGGAACGACGUCAGCUGCACCAACACCAUGUACUUCGUGUGCGAGUUCACCAAGGAGGAGCUGUGACUGCAGGAGGUGGUGGUUUUAAGGAGGAGGUUAAGGAGGUGAGACCGGCUUCACGAGUCGGUCAAGUGAGGAGGAGUGUGAUUGGAUGUGGCUGUGACUAGGGGAGUAUACCUGGAGAAGGAUGUAGCAAGGAGGUGGGUUAGAGGAGUGUGACUCAAGGAUGUGGGUUUUAGAAGCAGGAGCCAUGAUUGGAGGAGAGAGGAUUUAAUGGGGAGCCUGGUAUUUUGGGUGUUUUUGAAAGGGCACGCGACCUAAGGAGUUGGGUUAACGCUGAUGUAACUGGAAGAGGUGCAAUUAAUGAAGAGAAAAGCACGAUAAGUGGGAGACAAGUUUAUCGAGAACAUGUAGGUUUAUUUGAGAGGAGGUGUAUGGAUAGCUGGGUUUGUAUGGUAUAUAGUGCACAGUAUACACACAAACCUAUACUUACACUGCUCGCAGUUCUAGCAGCAGCAGCACGCGCUGCAGUGCUUAAUUCAGAGCCAUAGAGGAUGGGGUUUAUGUGAAGUUGGAGCCUCGAUGUCAAGCAAUGCAUCAAAGGAGGGCUUGAUUUUAGCCGGCACACCACAUCCAGUAUACAUAUAUCUGGCUGUGACUACUAGUCAUGCGUCGCCUACUCCCAUCUACAGUGAUCUGCAAAAUAUUCAUUGAGAAACUAAGCCCUGCUGGCAAGGACUAAAUGACCUUGCUGUGGCACCGCAGUGGCGAGAUGUUAACUUCCUCGCCUGGUAUGCAGGAGGACGUAGGUUCGAUCUUGAUCCUGAUGCCUGCAUAUUUGGCGUUUGCAUGUUCUUCCCGUGAUUGCGUGGCUUUUUCUCUGCGUCCUUUUUUUUCCCACCAUAUUUAGAAACAUGCGUUUAGAGUAGUUUACAGAUGUAGUGUGGAACUCACUCGAAGGCAAGGUAACAUAACACCUGCUCAUUCUUUAUUAAUCUUCAUACACACCAGUUGUGAGCGCUCACUCCACUUCACGCACAACACCACGCGUGGUACACCUUAAUCCCGACUAGCUACCCCUCCUCUCUCCUACACCGCCCACACCUGCUCAGGACAAAGAAGAACCUCGUGCAUUCCCGCACGCCGGCUUCUAUUCCCCUAGCUAGACUCCGCCCACCUUCCAGAAUCUGCCCGACAGCCAACCCGCAGCUUACACACAGACGCCUCUCCUCAGCUGCGCGUGCGUCACUCAAUUACCACACGUACCUCUCAUCAGCUGCGCGUGAGCCACUCCAUUACACACGUGCCUCUCAUCAGCUGCGCGUGCAUUACUACACUACACAGCUAUACAUUACCAUGUGAUAAGCCACUUCGUUGAGCUAUCAUUUGUGGCCAGAUCGCUUCUUAAAAAAGAGCUACAUAGCUCCGUGGUCCUUAUCUGGUAAAAUAAAAAAUAGUUUAAAACCACAGGGUGGCUCUUCCUGGUGCUGUGCUCCCCUUGAGAGUCCAGGCCAUGCAUUGGUUAUUGUUAUUUUACGUGGGGGGGGCAUUAUCCCAUUUGCGCCGCCCACCCCGCCCCUUUCAGUGUCAGCUCCUCGUGGAUGCCUCAUCUCGCAGUCACUUCUGCCAGAUUCCACAGGCGUUGCACAGUUGACACCUGACCUCCAAGGCCUGCCCUUAUGGAGUUUUACAUGGAGUAAAUAUUGAUACCUCCCAUAUGAGACAAUGCCCCCCACAACACCCCCCCCCCAGGCCCCAUUACUGUUUCCUAGACUCAACUCUGAGGCCCUCUGUAGACCCUAACCUCCGUACUGGAACUCCAGGGCCGGCCAGAAAGCCACGAGAACCCAAAGCUACCCUCGUGUCCUUGUAUGCCCAGCCCGGACCUGAUCUCCCCGUGCCGCCUUCCACGUCACGACCGAGGCAGGUCGUGGGGUCCAGGUGGGGGACGGCCUCCAUGACGAGGUUCUUGCGUCGUCCCAUCCCUGUCGGACACGAGUGGCAAGACGCGCAUGUUUGCGUCUCGGUUUGAGUGCGAGUGGUUUUAGAGGGUCUCGUGUUUGUGAUGGUUGACUUAAUCUCUUUUUACAGGAAGGGAAAUGAACAGGUAUAGUGCAAUAGUCGACUGAACCGUCCAUGCGCAGGUUAGGAUUUACUUCUCAAAAUGUGACGAAUUAUAACUCACCUGAAGGAUGUAGUUUGUAUUAAUUGGUUGUACGCGUUUACAUUACAGUGAGCCUAUGUCCCCACGUUGUGUAACCACACAGCAGUAUCCCCAACAUGACGGUGCGCUGUAUCAGAACCGUGUACAGUAUUUGUCGGCCGGCAGGAAUGUAAGUUCACAUCAGAAUGGAAGCUGAAGAUCUGCAUGCAGGGCUUAUUAUCAGCUGGGUCUGUCCUGGUCAACAGCCCAGAAUAUGUAUCUGCACCCGGCACACCACAUCCUGAAUGCCUCUCAUCGUGGCUGUGGCUUUUGAGUCACCAACCUUCAACUACCAGUGAUAUGGAAUAUAUUACGUGAGAAAUUGAGCCUUGGGUGCCUACUAAGUAUCAACCCUGUGGUGGAUGCAUGGCUAUGUGGCAGCAGAAACGAAUAGGGGUCAAAAACUGAAGAGGCUGGAGUACCACGGCCUCAAAUCCGCAGCUUGGUGGUUCCCAACCUCUGGUUUAUGGGCCUCUGGCGGCCCACAAGGCCGUGGAAAGUUAUACGCGGAACUUGCAGAUACAGUACAAUUUGGAGUCUUUUUAUAUUUAAAAAAAAAUUCUUGUGCGCGGUGGUGAAAGCAAAAUGUUUGUGUAUGGUUGGGAACCACUGCUCUGUACCAUCGUAUUCCUUGUUUAGGGACUUGCUACUGCACUAACCCUAACCAACUGGCUAAGCAGGCACUAGUAAGAACCCCAGCCCUGAUCAAAUAGCCAAUCCGCUUACACUGGUUUUAACCCUAACCCUGCUCACCUGCGCCCAUAUUCAGUUUCACGUGUCAGUUUUUCAUGGCGCCGUUUUGGCAAGACGGGAGUUUCGAGUGGAUUUUGUUCAAGGAACCAGGAUGAGUCUAGUUUUGCAAUAGCGAUAUCACCAAAAUUACAAACGCAAUCAAUAAAAUGAAGUACAGAAAUGUAGCAAAUAGCAAUCGGGGCAAAACAACCACAUUCCAGAAGGAAUCAAAACGGUACACAAAUAUAAAUUAAUAUUAUAUUUUAAAAAAUCAUCUUGGCAUCGGAGUGUGGUGUGGGGAGGUGAGCGCUGGCUCGGGGCUGUGCUGGGUGAGGUUGAGGUGGGUGAGGUCACCGCGGGACGUGACCAGUGGCGGUUCGGGAGAGAACGCUGCACCUGCUGGUGGAUUACAUUACACAGUGGAUUACAUUACACAGUUGAUUACAUUACACAGUGGAUUGCGUUACACUUUGGAUUACAUUAAACGGAUUACGUUACCUGUGGUUUACGUUACGGUGAUUACUCGGCUGCGCUAAUAAACACCGCCGCUCCGCGCUGCAAGACCUCGUAUUCAAUAACGGACGCGUCACAACAGUUAAGAUGCAUGCUUCGUUUCUCAACACAAUGCCGAGAGAGCAGCAUUAACAUCGCGUUCCAUCUCCUGUUCCCCAGCACGAACUAACCUCUCUGCUGCUGCAUUGUGCUUUGUGACGCUGCGUUGCCACUGAUACACAACAUUAAUAAAAACCCAACACAUCCGUACAUAACACUGGGGCCUGAUAUACAUACAUUACUUGGCAACGGCCCUUUUGGUCUCUGCUAUACAGAAGGGGCAUUGUCCGAAACGUCGGUUAUGUUCGUUUUGUGGCUGAGUUGACGAACGUGUAGCGUCUCUCGUGCUGGAGCGCCCUCUGCUGGACAGCGGCCGGGCCUUGAUUUCUCAUUCUAUGGUUCUUUCGGUAAAGUCAGGUAGAUAGAAAAAAAUAACAAUGAAAGAAUAAAAAUGAAAAUAAAGUGAUUAAAAAUAAUAAAAAUAUGACGUUUUGAUCGCAACACAAGCAAUCGUCAUCAGGAGGAUUUCUCGUUGAAUAUUCUCCAGAGCUGAACCCCAGACACCUCCGGAUGAAGCUCUUCCUACGGGCACUGCCGCAUGUGAGGCACAGCCAUACAGAGCAUAGUUUUUUUUUUGCGGGGGCGGCAAUUGCCCCCUAAUGCUUGCACAACAUUACAAGGGAAUGAGCUGUGUUUGCUUCCUAAGCAUUUGACUCCCACCGCACCCCUCAGACGACCCCCCAGGACCCCCUACUCAACCACUGGACUCCUCUCGAUCCCGACACCAUCUCUGCCCCCGCCUCCCCUAACACUCACCCUGUCACUUCGAAUGAAGGCGGCGGGCAACAUAGAGAGAGGGAGUUGUCGCCUCAAUUUUUGUGGUUCCCUUGGCUAUUUGUGAGGGUGAGGUUGGUGGACCACACGCACCCCAUAGCUGCUCCACGUGGUCCUCGUGGGCUAUUCUAUAUGGGGCCAUGGCUUCUCUCCUCUGCGUGGGUUCUACACUAUAACUCUCCAAUGUGUAAACCCAUCUCAACGACUUCGCUUGUUAUCUUGCAUUUUCUAAUUGCUACACACGCGUCGCUGUUUAUAGGAGCCAACCACCAUUUCAUGCUUCUCCAUCACCUUAAUGAACUUCAAAUUUUGGAUUCAUACAACUAUUUGUCUAUCCCCACGGAUGCAGUUGCAAAACAUGGUGUAUCUACAGUAAAGUAGCGGCAUUGAUAAUAAGAUCGAGCUUAUAUCGUCUGAUAUGUGUCCGUUCCAAGGCGAUUGACAAAUUGAACAAGUAACCGAAUAAAGAGUUAUUCAUACCA